CUCCUUUCCUCCUGCAACCCUUUCUGAUCACCAGAAACCACCCGCGAAAAGCACGAAUUUUCCCACCCACCCCACGACUUCCGGCACAAUCUUCUAUUCCGUAGAAGACACUGCGCCUGGAACUGUCCCUCGAUCGAUACGCUUCCAGUAUUCGACUGCAUCGCUUCGCUGUGCGCCCGUCCAUCUGUCGACGUUCCGCCCGCGACUCCACUCUUUCGAUAAUUUCCUCAUUAUCCAGGGGAAAAAAAAAAGACCGCCUCAUUUGGGCCCGUCUUCACCCUCCCACUCAUCCACUGAGAGAUCCGAUUUACUUCGACCAUCUCGACUCUCCACUGAUCAACCAAACUCACCAACUCUCCCCUCCCACGCAGACGCCCCCCGUCGCAUCUGCUACAUUCCAUCUCCACCGAUCUCCUUCUGAGAAGGACUUACUUCCCGCACACACGAACUGUCCUCCCCCCCGAUACGUCAUACACGACCAAAAUAUCUCUCCAUCCGCACGAUACGAGGUCAUCUUCGAAAAAGCUCACCCUAUGACUUCAGUUUCUCAGCAAUCCACCAUCCCCAGCCCGGCCUCCAACAGCUCCAACACGUCGCAGUCGCAGUCGACCCCGUCGUACGCUUCCACCGCAAAGAAGGCAGUCUCGUCGCCACCCAUCGCGACGGGCACUUCCUCCCCAUCUCCCGCCGUGGCUGUCGGAGGCUCUGCGCCGGUACAGCAACAUGGAAAAACUGCUUCCAUCUCGCCGGUAAACGGCAGAGGAGCGGUGCCUCCAGCUGUACCGGCAGUCGCACCUGCUAUCGCCCAUAGCAGUCCUGCACUUAAUGGUGACCACGGCCGAAAGAGCUCAGUGACCAUCAGCGCGAACAAUAACGGAUAUCCCAAUGGCGGCCCCGUCGGAGGAUCCAAGGGUGCUAUUCAGUUUGGCUCCAUCACCGACUCUCCUGCGGCUUCUCACAGCACUCCACAGUUGGCACCAAACACCUCCGCGCCCAUCCCAAUCCCCAGCAACAAUAGUAAUCCACGGGUGACCGAUCCGGCACAAUCUCCUUCUCCCAUCCCACAACCUUCCGCCAGCGGUGGACGACCACCUUCUGGUUUAGCUGGUCAAGGCAAUGGUAUGACAUUUGGCAGUCUCGGUGGCGAUGGCGAUGUAUGUUUGCUUCUUUUCUCGCCCCUGAUUAUGUGAAAGUCGACAUUUGCUAACACUCGAUUUGCCCCAGCGUCACAUGCGACAAGCAUCUGGCAACCAAGGUCCUGCAACAGUCGGCAACACUCCAGGUGGCCAUGCGCGCCGUGAGUCCCAAUCUAAUGGCGAAGGUAACAACCAAGGUCCUGGCACAACGCGCGGUAAUUUUGCUGGUGGCCGAGGUGGUCGAGGAAACUUCAACGCGGGUCAUCAACAAUACCAGCCAGGAUUCCCACCCGGAAACCCGCAAUUCAGAAAUAACUCAGGUCCAAAUCGCGGAGGAAUGGCUCCUACAUUUCACCCACAAGGUCAAGGCCGACCAAACUUCCCCAACUCGCCACACCAGGCCAGUCGCACUCCGGUUCUACAGCCAUCUAUGCCAGGCACCCCUAACAUGAACCAAGCCAUGCCAAUGCCUGCCCCGCAGCCGUACAAUCAAUAUGGAGGAUACCAGCACAUGCACGCACAACAAGUACAUAUUCCCACUCCUUCGCACAGUUCUCAAGAUCAAUCAUUCAAGUCCAAUAGCGGCAGAGGCAAGGGGAAGCGAGGAGGAGGAUGGUUCAAUGAGAAGUCUUCAAACAACCGUCCGCGUCAAGGAAGAUCCAACUCCAACUCCAGAGAGCUGUGGGGUCAUUCAUUCCAAUCCAAUCCAGCUCGCCUGUCUGAACAGUUUCCCCCAGAACGAGAAGGUUAUGGCCAGCCGCAAGGUGCAGGAAACUACGGAAUGACGGCAGCAUUGGAGCGCUCAGGUUCUGGUCCCUUCGGACAGAAUCCGCAAGUCAGUGGACCACCACCUGAGCCUACAGUGGUCGCUUCAAACUCCAAUGGAGCACCUGCAUCUUCUUCUUACCCCCCUCUGCCCCCUCCUCUUCAAAAUGUUCCUUUUGAUAGCAAAACUAUUGAUCUUUCUCCUGCGAGCAAUGACUUCAACAAUUUUCUAACAUUCAGAUCACAGACUUACCAAUAUCCCCCACAGCAACCAUAUGAUCAUCGAGGUAUGCCUAUGCAACCUGGCUACUAUCCUGCCAUGGGACAAAUGCAAGCCUACAACAUGCAGCCGCAAUCACCACAGCCUGGUUACCAGCAGCCUGUCUACGUCCCGGGACAAUAUGCUCCUCCUCAACCCAUCCCAAUGUCUCGAAACUCCUCUCAGAUGUCUACCGACCAAAGACCCGCCUCCAGCAUGGGCCAACCACAAACUCCCUCCAUGGCUUCCUCGCACCCACAGGGCACACCACAAACAAAGCCCAUUUCUGCACAAUCGCCGGCCUAUACAAGACCAGUUAGAAAGAGUGCAGCAAUUGCCAUCAAACGCCCAGACGGAGAGGCAAUUGAUGUGGCAGCUUUCAAAGCUCCUGCUUCCCCAGCCCCAAGCAAUCGAGCCAGAACUCCACCGGUCAUUGCGUCUACACCUACUCCUCCACCCAAGUCGGCUACCCCUUCACACGCUCGACAAGAUAGUGCUGCCCCUGCAAAGUCCUCUGAGCAAAUCAAGACGGAGAUUCAGGAUAAAAUCAAGAAGGCAUUGGAACUUGAGCAAGCCGAGGCGGCCAAGGCAAAGGAAGACAAAGCCAAGGAGGAGGAAGCUGCUAAACUUGCCGAGGAGAAGCGUGUCCAGGAGGAGAAGGACAAGGCUGCAGCCGACGAGGCCAAAGCCGCUGAAGACGCAAAGGCAAAGGAGGAAGCCGAUGCUAAGGCAGCAAAACAAGCUGAGGAGGACGAGCUUGAACGCCAAAUUGCCGAGAUGGAGGCCGCAGAAGUCGAGCGAGAGAAGAAGGAAGCUGAGAUCGCCGAGAAGCGUGCUAUUGCCAAAGCAGCCGAAGCAAAGGCUAACGAGGCUAAGCGCAAGGCUGAGGCGGAGGACCAUGAUCGCAAGCUCAGGGAACAAGAGCGUGAGAUAAACCGUAUUGAAGAUGAGCGCGAGAAGAAGAGACAGGAGGCUGAAGCUAAAGGCGAGAAGAUGGACAUCAAGGAGGCCAUUCAAAAGUCGCUUAAAGAUGACAAGAAGGCACCAACAACACCAAGUACUUUGGCGUCUAAGCUUUCCAACCUCAACUUGGGAACUGACAGCGGUGCUUCAACUCCAGAUUCCGAUAGCUCUAUGGGCCCACCACCACCCAAGGUCACCGUGGAGAAGCGAGGCAAGCCGUCUGCACUCAACUUGGCUCCUUUGAACACAAGUAAGCCUAUUGAACCACCACAACCAAGUGCUGCUCUCCAAUCACUCAAAUCUGCACGUUUCCUUACGGUGCUGGACUCUGCACUCUACCCCGUUGGUGUCGCUUCUCCCAACCCGGCACUCAACUCGGCAGUCACUGCCAAGGGCAAGAGCUUCAAAUAUGAUUCUGCAUUUUUGAUGCAAUUCCAAAAGGUUUUCGUCGAGAAACCUUCCAUGGAGUUCGAGUCUCAAGUCAAGGCUUUGAUUGGUGAUUCUGAUGCUGGCUCUGCCAGAUCCGCGUCGGCUAGAGGUGGCAUGGGACCAAGAUCAAACUCUACCCGCAGCAACAACGCCCCUGGUGCGUUUAACAUGGGUCAAUUUGGUUCUCUUCCAGGAGGCAAGACUCUCCCACCAGGAACAACCUCAGAGCAACGAUUCUCUAUGUCAUCCAUGGGUGGCCGACCGGCUGCCGCCAAUCCAAUAUCCUCUUUUAACCGCCCUGGUGGUGCAUUCCCUGGUGGCAAUAUGAUGGGUCGUUCAGCAUCAAGCACUGGCACUGGUGGUGGAUACAAUAUGCCAAGUUCUCCACGAACACAAAGCAGGAACCAACGUGGCAGCAAGAGAGAAAACACCAAGCAAGGUGGUCACCACGGUCCAUCUGAUGCCCAGGCGGCCAAGACGAUGCCACUGACCGCUGGUAUGGAGCUCAAACCAAUUCAGACCUCAUCCACUGGAUGGAAGCCUCGCAGUGUUGGACAACAGGCUGCAACAGGUGCCGCUGGGCCUACGCCAGGUGCCGCUGGUGGUGCUCCUGGUCACAUGGAGCCUGAUAUGGUUCAACGUAAGGUCAAGGCUGCCUUGAACAAGAUGACUCCUGAGAAAUUCGAAAAGAUUGCCGACCAGAUUCUUGCAAUCGCUGCCCAAUCCAAGGAUGAGGCGGAUGGUCGUACUCUUCGACAAGUUAUCCAACUUACAUUUGAGAAGGCUACUGACGAGGCUCACUGGGCUUCCAUGUAUGCCAAGUUCUGUAAGCGCAUGUUGGAGACCAUGAGCCCUGAUAUCAAGGAUGAGAGCAUUACUGAUAAGAAUGGCAACAUCGUCUCUGGUGGUAACCUAUUCCGAAAGUACUUGCUCAAUAGAUGUCAAGAGGAGUUUGAGCGCGGAUGGAAGUUGGACUUGCCAGACAAGCCAGAAGGCGAGCGUGGUGAUGAGAAGACUGGUGAAGCUGCUAUGCUUUCUGAGGAGUACUACAUUGCAGCCGCUGCAAAGCGACGUGGUCUUGGUCUUGUUCAGUUCAUUGGUGAACUAUACAAACUCAGCAUGCUUACAGAGCGUAUCAUGCACCAAUGUGUUAAAAAAUUGGUCGACUAUACUGGUGUUCCAGAUGAAGCUGAGAUUGAGUCCCUUACCAAGCUUCUCAAGACUAUUGGUCGCAGCUUGGACAGCACCGAAAAGGGAAAACCAAUGAUGGAUGUAUACUUUACACGUAUUCAAUCUAUGAUUGAUACCCCAGAGUUGCCCAGCCGUCUGAGAUUCAUGUUGAUGGACAUUGUGGAUCUCAGAAAGAAGCAUUGGGCAUCAAAGGAGGACAACAAGGGUCCUAUGACACUUGAGGAAGUCAAGGCAGUGGUAUGUUUACUCCAUACUCUUCUUAUUGAAUUCUGACUAACAUUUUAUAGGCGGAUGCAACAGCAGCAGCCAAGGCAGCUGAGAGUGCCAGAGGUCCACGUGGAGGUGGUGGAGGUGGCGGCGGUGGUCGCAUGCAAAUGGGUCGUGGGGAUUCGAGAAAUUUCUCAAAUCAAUAUGGCAAUCAACCACCUCCAGAUUACCAAAAGAAUACCGUUGGUAUGGAUGAUCUUCGCCGCCUAACCAACAAGGGUGGAUCAAACCGACACUCAAGUCAAAACAUGUCAUUUGGACCUACGUCAAUGUUCUCAUCAAGAAGCAACAGUGGUCGAAAGAUGGGUCCUGGUGGAUCAUUGAGCAGAACAGGUGAAGACUCUGGAGCUUCAUCUAGAACUGGCACACCUCCUCACGACAAGGAAAAGAAGUCCAACACAUCCGCAAAUGCAUUUAGUCUUCUUGCAGGAUUAGGAUCAGGCGAUGCCGAACACCCAACUUCUCCACCAUCAACAUCCGUCUCUCCAGCAUUGUCCAAGGCUACUCCUGUUCCUGCAGAGAAGUCUGACGACAAGAAGGGUGAAUGAUGAUUGAACAAUUCUUGAUUUUUCAACAAGUUUGUUCUUUGGAGCGUCCUAAUCUUUGUGCAUAGACGGCGCACAAAACUUUGCAUUUGCCGGAGGGCCUUUUCUUCUAACCGUGUCUUAAAAGUUUCUACUGUUUUACAUGAUACCUUGAUACCUCACGUUCGACAUAGACUACAUUGCGUCACCAGAUUUCCUUGUUAUCAUUCCUGCGCAUAUUGAACGGUGUGCGGGAAGACAGGUUGCAUUCUCGCAUUUUUCAUGGGGCACUGGGGUCUGACUAUUGUGAUAGCAUCAAGACUCGGCAGGCCAACGACCAAAAAGCUUUUCUUUCUGUGUCAAAUAAUCUUUUUCCUUUUUGUCUUUGGCUCAUUUGCAUGAUCUGAUGCUGCCCUUUUUUUGCAUGCGUUUGGCCAAGGCUUCGACUGAUAUACGCGUUGCGAAAAAUGUUUCCUUGCUUUUUUUUCCUCUUGCGUUUGGCAAGGGUGGGGAACCAGUCCUUCGAGUCCAGAAGCUACUGUCAUGACGGUGGUUUGGGGGGUCGUUGAAGGUUCUUCGUUUUUUUUUCUCUCAGUUCUUGUUUGAUCUUUGAUCUUUCUUCUUCUACUUCUUCUACUUCUUCUACUUCUUGGCGGAAGAAAUCUGGCUGGCUGAUAACGUAAUCUUGGGAGGGGAGAAACUCGGGUGAGAAUGGGAUGAGGAUAUGACAUGAAGGAACGUUUUCUCGGUGGCCGCGGGAUGGGAUAUGAUGGGGCAUGAGGAUAUCUUUCACACGAAAAAGCUGGUCGCCAACAGGGUUUUCUUUUGAUGAGAUGGGGGGNACGAAUUGAAUGGAUGGAUGGAUGGAUGGAUGGAUGGAUGGAUGGGAUGGGUGGGGAGACCUCGCUCGUGGGGAUGAAAUGGGAUGAGGAACGCAUGCACUUGUACAAAUAUCUAAUUCGCUCGAUCACGCCAGCCAGCGCCAGAUAGUAAUGAAGAAACUCUUUUGAUAAAAACAG